UUGUACCAUAGUGCAGUCCAUCACUGACCAGUAUGUCAUGUGGCGCAUGACUGUAUGUCACCCAACUCCUGCCAUUAUUUUAUAGAUUAAUGAAGACCAGGUGUAAAACAUGAAUCACCUCUGUGGAGUGUGGAAGGUACAUGGUAAAUGGUCACUGUUAUAAUUAGCUUAUAAUUGACAUGAGGCUUGGUGGCAUGAGAUGGGAGAAUGUAGAUGGGAAAAGACUGGGCACUGAGGAUUUAAGCAGGGAUGGGCAUGAUGAAAGUAUCACUCAUCAUGUAUAAUUCAACAGCUUUACCUCUAAGGUUCCCACCAAUCUUCUCUACUUCCUCUGGAGACUUGAUUUCCUCCUCUGACUGGAUCAUUGGGCCAGACUACAGAGAGGUCCUUGGUGGUCAGUUUGAUAAAUUCUUAUUUUCACUCCUCCAGUUCAUUCUCAUGUCUUCCUCUUAUAGACUAGUUAUAGAUAGUUUUUCUCAUACAAACCUCAUCUUCUCUUUUCCCUUAUUCUCUACCCAUAAGCCUCCCCAAAAUCUUCAGUUCUGCUUAAGAGGGACAUCACCACUAUGGCCUCAGCAAUACCCCUGGAAAUGAUGUGGGAAGAGGUCACAUGUGCUAUCUGCCUUGAUCCCAUGGUGGAUCCUGUGAACAUCGAAUGUGGCCACAGCUUCUGCCAAGAAUGCAUCUCUCGGGUUGGGAAAGACGGAGGCAGUGUCUGUCCUGUGUGCCGGCGGCACUUUAUGCUCAGGCACCUCAGGCCCAACCGGCAGCUAGCCAACAUGGUGGAAAACCUUCGACGAAUAGGCCAGGAUGCCAAGAAAGACACACAGGGAGCGCGCUGUGCUGUGCAUGGAGAGAAACUUCACCUGUUCUGUGAGAAAGAUGGGCAGGCCCUUUGCUGGGUGUGUGCCCAAUCCAAGAAACACCGUGACCACACCAUGGUCCCUAUUGAGGAGGCUGCUCAGGAAUAUCAGGAGAAGCUCCAAAAGGCAUUAGAGAAACUGAGAAAAAAGCAGGAGUUGACCGAGAAGUUGGAAGUGGAUCUUGCAAUGAAGAGAGCAGACUGGAAGAGGCAGGUUGAGACACACAAAUCAAGGAUUCAUGCAGAGUUUAUGCAGCAGAAAAUCUUUCUGGAUGAAGAACAACAGAGGCAGAUGCAGAAGCUGGAGAAGGAUGAGAUGGAACAACUUAGAAUCCUGGGGGAGACGGAAGCUGAACUGGCCCGGCAAAGCCAGGCCCUGCAAGAGCUGAUCUCGGAGCUGGAGUGGAAGAGUCGGGGCUCAGCACUGGAGCUCCUGCAGGAGGUGAAAGUUGUCCUGGAAAGGAGUGAGUCCUGGAACCUGAAGAAGCUGGACAUUGACUCCCCAGACCUAAGAAGUAUCUGUCACGUGCCAGGACUAAAGAAAAUGCUGAGGACCUAUGGAGUAUACAUCACUCUGGAUCAAGACACAGCCAAUCCAUGGCUCAUCCUUUCAGAGGAUAGGAGACGAGUGAGACUUGGAAACACCCGACAGGAUGUACCAGAAAAUGAAGAGAGAUUUGAUAAUUACCCUAUAGUCCUCGGUGCCCAGAGCUUCAACUCUGGAAAACACUACUGGGAGGUAAAUGUGACAGGAAAGGAGGCCUGGGACCUGGGGGUCUGCAAAAACUCUGUACGGAGGAAGGGGCAAUUUUUGGUCAAUACUGAGAAUGGUUUCUGGACAAUUUGGUUGUGGAACAAAGAAAAGUAUGAGGCUGGCACUUGUCCCCAGACUCCCCUCCAUCUUCAGGUGCCUCCGUGCCAAGUUGGGAUUUUUUUGAAUUAUGAGGAUGGCAUCGUCUCCUUCUAUAACAUCACAGAUCAUGGCUCCCUCAUCUACACCUUCUCUGAAUGUGCCUUCACGGAACCCCUGCGGCCCUUCUUCAACCCUGGUUUCAAUGAUGGAGGAGGAAAUGCAGGCCCUCUGUCCCUCUGUCCACUGAAAACGGGAUGGUCAAAAUCGGGUGUCCCUUCUCAGCCAUGAACCCUGCCUUUAUCCCAUGAACUCUGAACUAUCUUGUCUCUGCAUAGGUGGCAGGGUCUCGGCAAGCAGGCUUUAGCAGGGAGAUCACUGAAAGCCAGAUGACCUUCAAUAUCAAUAUCCCUGCCCUAGAUUCCUUUAGGAUGCCCUCAAGUGAAGGCAAUUCCUCAUAUCUGACUCAAAACUCGACCAAAAACCAUGUUUCUGCCUCCUUUAUGUGACUUGUAUAACAAUAUCUAUCUCCAGGCUAUUACCUUUGGCCUGUCUUUUUCAUGGUUUGGAAAAGGGCUUCCUAAAUACAUUGUGCUUUCAGUCUCCAAUUUA